AUGACAACAGUGAUCAAUAACAUUGUGGCCAAGUUCUUUAAGAGUCCUUAUGUAAAUCAACUGUAUGUUGCGAACGUGGCCCGGCAACGUUCAGCUGCUGACGAGGGAAAAUUGCGUGAAGAUGCCCAACGACAGAGAGUUAGGAGUCUUCUGGAGCAGAUUCCGGCAGACGAGUUUCGCUCGGAUAUGAAGGGAAGCGAAUGUGCUAUUUGUAUGGUAGAUUUUGAACCCGGAGAAAAAGUGAGAUUCCUGCCGUGUAUGCAUUCCUUUCAUCAAACAUGUGUGGAUGAUUGGUUGAUGAGGUAUGUAUCGUUUGAUGACGACUCCCCGAUGCCCUACGAGGUUGCUACACGAGUUUAUGCAGUUAAAAGAAAUUAA